CUUUUAGUUUUACAUCUUGGCUUUCGGCGUUUUUAUUUCCUGUAAUUUUGUUUAGUGUUUGCAGUGUGCUUUUUUAAAUAAAAUACAAUUUUUAUCAAACUAAAACCAACCUGUUAAAAAUGGCUAUUAGAACUUAUGGAGAUAAACCUAUAACUUUCCAAUUGGAAGAGAAUGGCGAAUACUAUUGUGUUGGAUCAGAGGUGGGAAAUUAUCUUCGGCUCUUUAGAGGGUCUCUAUAUAAGAAAUACCCUGGGAUGUUCAGAAGGUCCAUUACAAAUGAAGAAAGAAAACGAUUGAUUGAUUUGGGACUUUCACAACACUGCCUUGCCAGUAGUGUAUCUUUGCUAAGGGCUUCUGAGGUCGAAGACAUCAUCGAAGGAAAUGAUGACAAAUAUAAAGCUGUCUCGGUUCAUACAAGUGACCCACCAGUACCAAGGGAAGGUAAAAGCAAAAAGAACCAACAAUGGGUACCAUCUUUGCCAAAUUCCAGUCAUUUAGAUGCUGUACCACAAGCUACUCCGAUUAAUAGAAACAGAGUUGCUGCAAAAAAAGUAAGAACUUUUCCUUUGUGCUUUGACGAUACCGAUCCCCAGCUCAACAUUGAAAAUGGUUGUCAACAAGAGGUUCUGGUGCCCAUCCGUUUGGACAUGGAAAUUGAAGGACAGAAAUUGAGAGACACUUUUACUUGGAAUAAAAACGAAAGCUUAAUAACUCCAGAACAAUUUGCUGAAGUCUUAUGUGAUGAUUUGGAUUUGAAUCCCUUGACUUUUGUGCCUGCCAUUUCUCAAGCUAUCAGGCAACAGUUGGACGCUUUUCCUCCAGAACCUCCUAGUAUUAUUGAGGAAAACGCUGAUCAAAGAGUUAUUAUUAAGCUGAAUAUCCAUGUUGGAAACACUUCAUUAGUUGAUCAAGUUGAAUGGGAUAUGAGCGAAAAACAAAACAAUCCAGAAGAAUUUGCUUUGAAAUUGUGCUCUGAACUGGGAUUGGGCGGAGAGUUUGUCACAGCAAUAGCCUACUCUAUCAGAGGACAAUUGAGUUGGCAUCAAAGGACUUUUGCUUUCAGUGAAGCUCCAUUACCAACUGUUGAAGUUCCUUUCAGAACUCCAUCUGAAUCUGACCAAUGGGCACCGUUCCUUGAAACUUUGACAGAUGCUGAGAUGGAGAAGAAGAUCAGAGAUCAAGAUCGAAACACGAGAAGGAUCAGAAGACUAGCCAAUACCACCCCUGGCUGGUGAUUUCAGUUUGAUAAGGCUAAAUUAAAUAUAUUUUUACUGGCAUUAAUUUUCUAAAUCUUAUAAGUGUCUCGGUAAAAAUAAGUGUUUACUGCUUUUAAUUUUUGUAUGUGAAUAUUUUCUAGAAAACUGAAAUAUGAGAAUAAAAUUAAAAAUAGGUUCAUACAUAGAAAUAUUUUUGUAGCUUGUUCAAUCCAAGAUCAACAGUUAGGGGAGUAACUUAAGAUAAGAAUUAAUUUGGAUAUUUUCUUGUGUCCCUACACUAACUAUUACAUAAUGUGUAGGUGUGGGAGCAUCAAACAGGCUUUUUAUUAAUUGAUAUAAAUAUGAUUUUAAAGUGUA